CUGCCACACAGUCUUGAGGCUCACAUCGUCUACGCAUCUUGACUGAGAUAUCAACUUAAUUCACUUUUAAUUUCUCUCACAUAAAUAGGAACAAGCAAGAGAAAGGAUGGAAGCCAGCAACAAUGAGGCGGGAAAGAAAGCAGAAGAUAAAGCUCACACUCUAAAUAUAAGUACGACACCAGAUACCCAUGCAAAGCUCACAGCAAUGGAUUCCCAGUCACCCCGCCAAGUUAUUGUCAGAGGUCAGGCUGCCACAGAGAAUGGAGGACACAACCUUAACGUCCAAUCUGAUCCUGCUACAGAUUUGGAAAAUGCCAUUAAACCAAAACUCCAAAUAACUUUUAGCACAUUUACUGUCCAAAAUCGUCAAGAUCUGAAAGUAGAGAUUCCAGUGGUUGGACACCCAAAGCCAAAGGUUGAAUGGAAAAGAGAUGGUCAGGCAGUUAGAGAAACGUCAAGGCUGGAGGUCUCAAAUACAUCAUCUUUAACAGUUCUUCACAUCAGGCAUGGUGCCAGGGAGCACUCUGGCCAGUACUCUAUCACAGCAAGCAACUGUGCAGGAAAAUAUACAGGAGAGAUCACUGUGGUCGUUCUUGAAAAGCCAGACCCACCCACAGGGCCUGUGAGGAUUGAUGAGAUCAGUUCUGACUAUGUUACCAUCUCAUGGGAGCCACCAGAAUACACAGGAGGCUGUCAGCUAGACAACUACAUAGUGGAGAAACGGGAAACUACAAGUAUAGAAUGGCAGACUGUGUCAGCAACGACAGUAAGAAACACAAUCAAAGUCACCAAACUGAAGACAGGAAGUGAGUACCAAUUCAGGGUGUUUGCUGAAAAUAGAUAUGGAAAGAGUACUGCAAUCACCUCUCCAAUUGUGACUGCACAAUAUCCUUUCAGUGUGCCCACUGCUCCUGGCACCCCCUUUGCGUCCACAGUGACAAAGUACAGCAUGGUGGUUGAAUGGGAGCCUCCUGCCAAAGAUGGAGGCAGCCCCAUCAUUGGCUAUCACCUUGAACGCAAAGAGAAGAACAGCAUUCUAUGGACCAAGCUAAACAAACUUGUUAUACCCGAGGCUCGCUUCAAGACAAGUGGACUGGAGGAAGGCAUUGAGUAUGAAUUCAGAGUCUUUGCUGAGAAUAUUGCUGGACUUAGCCCAUCUAGCAAGGUAUCUGAAUGCUAUGUGGCAAGAGACCGCUGUGAUCCCCCUGGUAAACCUGAAGCUGUUGUCAUUACUAGAGAAAACAUCACACUUCAGUGGGCAAAACCCAAGUAUGAUGGUGGAAGCACCAUUACAGGCUACGUUGUUGAAAAGAAGGAGCUCCCAGAUAACAGAUGGAUGAAGGCAAACUUCACCAAUGUUAUUGAGAAUGAGUUCACAGUCACGGGUCUGAUAGGAGGUGACAGUUAUGAGUUUAGAGUAACUGCAAAAAAUGGUGCUGGUGUUUGGAGCGCGCCUUCAGAAAGUGUAACCAUCAUCGCUCAGGAUGUUAUUGAAGGACCCACAGCCUUUAUUGAUCCUAAGUUCAAGAGUACGACUAUCGUUCAGGCUGGUGAGACAUUCGUUAUUGAUGCUGACUAUUUUGGGAAGCCCCUGCCUGAAGUAACAUGGAUGAAGGAUGGAAAAGAAAUUGACAAAGUUACACCGAGAAUGGAGGUCAAAAAUACCCUCACACAUUCAACUUUGACUGUCAGGGACUGUACACGGGCGGAUGGGGGACACUUUCUCUUCAGCCUCAGUAAUAUUGGUGGAACUACAUCCAUCCCAGUUAUUGUGAAGGUGCUGGAUAGACCUGGUCCUCCAGAUGGAUCUCUGAAGGUGAAAGUUGUUAGUGCAGAGAAAUGUAAUCUUCACUGGAACCCCCCUGUGAAUGAUGGUGGUGCCAGUGUUUCCCACUUCAUUAUUGAGAAAAGGGAGACCAGUCGUGUUACAUGGACAGCAGUUGACUCUCAUGUUGAAGCUGUCAGUUACAAAGUGACAAAACUGGUGCCUGGUAAAGAAUAUAUAUUCCGAAUUGCUGCCGUGAACAAAUUUGGUGUUGGUGAAUUUCUGGAAUCAGAGCCAUUCAUUGCACAAAAUCCUUUCACAACACCAAGCGCACCUUCGACCCCUGUAGCCAGCACUGUGACUGGCGACUCUGUGCUGCUAACAUGGGAAAGGCCUGAGACUGAUGGAGGCUCAGAGAUUGAUGGCUACAUCCUGGAGAAACGUGACAAAGAGGGUGUCAGAUGGACCAAAUGCAACAAGAGAAGACUUAACGACUUGCGUUUCCGAUGCACAGGACUCACUGAGGGACAUUACUAUCAGUUUAGAGUGUUGGCAGAAAAUGCUGCUGGUGUGGGUACACCCAGUGAGCCAAGCGAGUAUAUAAAAGUAUGUGAUGCUACUUACCCACCCGGUCCACCUACCAACCCCAAAGUGACAGAUUAUUCUAGCAGUAGUGUGUCUCUUACAUGGUCAAAGCCCAUCUAUGAUGGGGGGGCACCCAUCAGUGGAUUUGUAGUUGAGAUGAAAGAAGCAGCAGAGGAUGACUGGAUGACAUGCUCUCCUAGCACAGGUGUAGUGGACACAAACUACACAGUGAAAAGACUGAGGGAAAAUGCAGGGUACAACUUUCGUAUACGUGCAAUGAACGCUGCUGGAAUUGGAGAGCAUGUGGACCUACCAGGGUCUGUUGUGGCUGCUGAAAAACUGGAGGCACCCGAAAUUGAGUUGGACUCUACAUUGAGGAAGAUUGUCAGUGUCCGAGCCUGUUCCACGUUACGUCUCUUGGUCACCAUCAGAGGAAGGCCAGAGCCUGAGGUUAAAUGGUCGAAGGAAGGUGGCACCAUCAGCGAGCGCGCUCAAAUUGAGGUAUCAAGCUCCCACACAGUAUUAUUGAUUGAAAAUGUCAACAGAAACGACACAGGAAAAUAUGUGCUGACUGCUGAGAACUACAGUGGUUCAAAAUCAGCCUUCAUCAAUGUGAGAGUACUGGACUCUCCCAGUGCACCAACAAAUCUAGAGGUUAAGGAUGUGAAGAAAGACUCUGUGACAAUCUCCUGGGACGCACCUCUCAUUGACGGAGGGGCAAAGAUUUCACACUACAUCGUAGAAAAGCGAGAGGAAGCUAGGAUGGCGUUCACAAGCGUCUGUAGCAACUGUUUGAGAAACUCAUACAAGAUUGACAAUCUCCAGGAAGGAUGCUUCUAUAAUUUUCGUGUCCUGGCUGUAAAUGAGUUUGGCACUGGCCUGCCAGCAGAGACCACUGAGGCUAUUAAAGUGUCUGAAGCUCCUCUACCUCCUGGCAAAAUCUCAGUCAGUGAUGUUACUGGCAAUAGUGGAAAACUCUCUUGGGAGAAGCCUGACCAUGAUGGAGGAAGCAAAAUCACAUGUUAUAUUGUAGAAAUGCAGACUAAGGGAGAUGAUACAUGGACAAUAUGUUCAGAAAGUAGAGCACUGGAAGUAACUAUUAAUGGGCUGGUUAAAGGAAAGGAGUAUUUGUUUAGAGUGAGUGCUGUGAACGAAAAGGGAAAAAGUGAACCAAAGUACCUUUUGGCACCUGUUAGAGUAAAUGAUACCGGUGCUGGUCCCAUUAUCAAUUUGCUUUGCAACACAUUCAAUGUGAAGGCAGGAAAUGACUUAAAGAUUGAGGUUCCAUUCAAGGCUCUUCCACCGCCAACCGUAGUCUGGAACAAAGAUGGCAGCUUGCUAAAAGAGACAAGCAGGGUAAAUACGCAUGUAUCUGACACAUCAUCUCAGAUCACUAUCAAAGAUGCAACCAGAAUAGACGCUGGCAUGUAUGAGGUGACCCUGACCAACUCUGGUGGAACCACAUCGGCGGAAAUCUUCGUUAAUGUUGUUGAAAGACCUGGACCACCAAGUGACCUCAGUGUGGAUGAAGUGAGUGUUGACUUUGUGUCUUUGUCAUGGCAGCCCCCACAUUACACUGGCGGAUGUGAAAUUAGUAAUUAUGUAGUUGAGAAGAGAGAUACAGGCAGCACAAUAUGGCAGACUGUAUCAGCCACAGUGGCCAGAACAUCAAUCAAAAUUUCCCGCCUGACUCAGGGCACUGAAUAUCAGUUCCGUAUUGCUGCAGAGAAUCGCUAUGGAAAAAGCUAUUUCGUUGAGUCUGAACCUGUUGUUGCUCAGUAUCCCUUCAAGCCCCCUGGACAACCAACGGACCUCAGAAUUCUGAAUGCCUCAAAGUCUGUAAUGAUGGUUGUAUGGAACAAACCAGACGGUGAUGGUGGCAGCCCUGUCACUGGUUACCAUAUUGAAUGCAAAGAUCAAAGCAGUAUUUUGUGGACUAAGUUAAACAAGAGCCCAGUGACUGAGAACCAAUUCAAGGUAACAAGUGUUGAAGAAGGUCUGAUAUACGAAUUCCGGGUCUGUGCUGAGAAUAUGGCUGGUAUUGGACCAUGCAGUAAGGCCUCUGAGCCUGUGGCAGCGAGAGACCAGUGCGAUCCUCCACGCAAUCUGACAGUCACCAAUAUAACUAACAGCUCAGUUUCCCUCUCAUGGGACAAACCAGAAUAUGAUGGUGGGGCUAAAAUAACUGGGUACAUUGUUGAGCGUAAGGAGCUACCAGAUGGUUGCUGGCUUAAAUGUAACUUCACCAAUUUACUGGACACCUUCUUGGAAGUGACUGGCCUCACAGAGGAUGAGGAGUAUGAUUUUCGUGUGAUUGCAAAGAAUUCUGCUGAGCUCUUCAGUGCCCCUUCUGAAACCACAGGACCUGUUACAGUACAGCAUGAUGUGGAGCCACCCAGAAUUAUCUUGGAAGACAAAUUUAAACAAGCUGUGGUUGUCAAAGCAGGAGACCUCCUAAGAAUAGAUGCCGAUAUCUCUGGACGACCCAACCCUACAGUGUUUUGGUUGAAAAAUGGUAGAAAUAUUGCCUCCAAGGGAAGGGUUGAAAUAACUGCGACAAAUUUGCAUACCUCUUUACUUAUCAGAGAAUGUGUUAGGAAGGACUCUGGACAGUAUACUCUGACUCUACAGAAUACAGGUGGUACCAUGUCUAAGACAAUCACCUGCAAGAUCCUGGACAGGCCAGGCCCACCUGCUGGACCUAUGGAAGUGUCUGGACUUUCAGCAGAGAAAUGUACCCUGUCAUGGGGACCCCCACCUGAGACUGGCGGUGCUGAAAUCAUGUACUAUAUUGUUGAGAAGUGUGAAACCAGUCGUGUUGCUUGGAUCGUUGUGUACGGAGACAUGAUGGCAACUACGUGCAAAAUAACCAAGCUGAUUAAAGGCAAUGAAUACCUGUUUAGGGUUAGGGCAGUGAACAAGUAUGGUGAAGGUGAGACUCUGGAAAGUGAACCUAUCAAAGCUAUGGAUCCCUUUACUAUCCCAUCUGCUCCAACGGAUGUUGAAGUCACAAGUGCAACCAGCGACACUAUGACUGUCUGCUGGAAGAGACCUGCCACUGACGGUGGCAGCCGCAUCAGUGGUUACAUUAUAGAGAAGAGGGAGAAGCAGGGUGUACGCUGGGUUCGUGUCAAUAAGAAACCAGUCUAUGACCUACGUGUCAAAGCCUCCUGCCUGCAAGAGGGAUGCGAGUAUGAAUUCAGAGUUUUUGCUGAGAAUGCCGCCGGGCUCAGUGAACCCAGUCUCCCUUGUCCACUCACUCUGGCAGAGGAUCCAAAGUUUCUACCUUCCCCUCCUGCAAAACCCACUAUAAUCGAUUCAUCCAAGUCAUCCAUCACACUGUCAUGGAACAAGCCGUUGUUUGACGGUGGAGCACCAAUCACUGGAUACAAAGUUGAAUUAAGAAUGUCAACAGUAGAUGAGUGGUCUGUUGGUGUCCAUAACACAGAUAAAACAGUGGUCACAGUUAAUGGACUCAAAUCAGGGAAUGAAUAUGUGUUUAUUGUCAGAUCCAUAAACAAGAUUGGCAUCAGCGAUCCCAGUCCAGAAACAGAUCCUCAUGUGGCCAUGGAUAGAGAGGAGGAGCCCAGGUUUGAUGUUACUGCCGAGAUGAGGAAGACCUUGCUUGUAAAAGAUGGAAGCUCCUUCACUUUGACUGUGCCUUUCACAGGCAGACCUGCUCCGAGCGUGACAUGGGACAAAGCAGAUGUCGAUCUGAGAGUGAGAGGAUUGAUCAGCACCAGCAGAUCUGUGACCUCUAUCACAGUGGAAGGUGCAACACGGGAUGACUCUGGCAAAUACAUAGUCAAACUGCAAAACGAUGCAGGAUCUGCCUCUUUGACGCUGAAUGUGAGGGUUUUGGAUUCACCUGGUCCCCCAUCUCAUGUAGCAGUGAGAGAUGUGACCAAGAACUCUGCCACUGUUUUCUGGGAUAUCCCUGAGAAUGAGGGAGGAGCCCCUGUCAAGAACUACCAUGUGGAUAUACGGGACAUCAGCAGGAAAGGGUGGACAAGAAUCACUGACAAAUGCCGCCGACUGUCCCACAAGGUGUCUGACCUGGAGGAGGGAGGAAUCUACUUCUUCAGAGUCACCGCUGAGAACGAGUACGGGAUCGGUGUUCCAGCUGAGACCAAGGAGGGAACGAAAAUGACAGAUACAGACUGGGAGACAAAUCAAGGAGCUUAGCUUGUUUCCUUCCCAGGGAUGAAGUUAUCAACUCCUUAUCUUCCUGUCAGGAUCAUCAUCUAGUUCUCAUCUCCAUCAAGAAUUGUUCAGAAAAAUCAGUUAGCAAAUUCUUUGUGAAAAAACAUAUUACCAGAAGCUGCAGUUUUAUAGAUAUAUUGUUACUUAAAAAAACAA